AUGUAUUUCGACAGCCUCCCCAACGAGAUCCUCACCCACGUCUUCCUGUCUCUACCCAACAUUGCCUCCGCCAUCGCCCUGUCAUCCACCUGCCAUCGAUUCAAUAGCGCCUACAAGUCGUCCAAGAAGCUGGUCAUUCUCCAAGAAGCGGCUGAUGCUGAGUUUGGACCAAUCGACGACAUCGUUCAACUCCUGACUCAGAACGCCUCCCAACCAGCUCACAUUCGACGUGAUGUGCCCAUGUCAGAAGCUCUCUUGCAUCAAGUCGUCAAAGUUGGACGGAUUGCUCAGAGAUACGAGGAGAUGUACCCAUUCAAGAAGUGGAAGACGGACUUCGCCAAUAGACGUCUCUUGUCAAACGAAGAGCGUCUCCGCUUGAGACGCGCAAUCUACCGUCUGUGGUUGUUCGACAAGGCUUUCCAUACCUCUGCACACGUACGCACUUGCAGAGGCAUACCAGAAGUCGUGCGUGAACGAGCAGCACUUCUACAUAACUUCCCAAGUGCCGAGCUCGCUGAAAUGUUGGACGUUCACAUCGCCUUGCGGGACUUGGUAUCCAACAACAUCUGCCCUUCGAACGGCCGCAUUCGACAGAAGUAUCAGAAACGAUUUGCUGACAGCAACCACCAACCCCUGUUCAACAUCCACCUGAAUUAUCCGCCUGCACCAUCAUCUUUCGUCCCAGAUGGCUGGUUCCACAACUCGUCAUUUGGAUCUGCCAAAUACCAAUCCCGACUCGCGCCAUCCCGCUGGAACGAACCAGGGGCUGAGGGCUGGGGAGACGACAUCUCACAUUACUACGUGAUCGAGGAUAUGAUGAAGCUGGAUCCCGAGCAGAUCUUGUACCUGAAGGAUCACUGUCCAACGAAGGCGCAGGUGGAGAUGCAUCUGCGAGGAUUGGGCGACUGGUUCGUCAACAAUGGCGAGACCUUCUCGGAGACGUUGGCGUUUGUCGUCAAGCAGAGAGGUAGCGAUGCUGAAGAGCUGAAGGCUGCUGUUGAGGAUGGAGAGGUCGGUGUAGCUCUUGUAGACGAUUGA